GCUCUUUACGGUGACAGUCUGAAGUGAACACAAGAGGCAAAUAAAGCUUUCAGUGGACGAGAAUAUUGACUAAAAGUUUCGCGGCUGCGUUUGAAUAUCACAUAAGCUUGGACGCCGACUCCGAGCGGCAGCGUCCGCUGAGGAUUAGUGACCGGGAGGCAGCCGUUGCAUGCCGGGUAGCUGAGGCGGCUUGUGCGGAGGAGUGAGACGGCUGGCUGCUGCCUUCCUCCCCGGUCAACGAAUACUGACAGAGGCCGCGGCUCUUUGAGACAAGCUAUGAGGAGUGCGGCGGCGCAUCCAGCUGAUCCGGGAUCGGCACCAUGUUGCUUUGGUCCACCGGGUGGCGCGUCUUGAGCCGAGCCACCACCGCAACGCCCGCCAUGUAUGCCACCCGCCUGUAUGGUGCCGGGGGAGGGGGCGGAGUCAAAGCAGGGCAAAGGGGAGGGCUGGCUGUGCUUGAGGGGCCGCCCCCCCAGCCUCACCAGCACCGAGUGCCACCCCCCACCCACCCACCUUACCAGCUGUACCCAGCGUACCCGGGCCCCCGAGGAGCACGCUUUCAGCCGCACCCGCAAGCCGCGGCCCUGGCCCCGCCGCUGAUGCCGCCCCAUUGGCAGCCCCGUGCCCACCUUCACGUGCAACCGGGCUGCAAGAAGAAGACGUGGAAUUUCAUCCAUGAGAAGAUGAGCUACGACACCUUCUUCACCAUGAAGCGACUCAUCGAGCGUUCGCGCCGCCCCGACGAGGUUCUACGCUGGCUGGCUCAGAACCCGGCCAAGAUCUCUCACAACCACUAUGCCAUCGCGUUGCACAAGAUCGCGCAGCUGCUGCAGGUCGCACACCUCGCACCGCCAGCGCCCUGCAAUGGUGCCGACGCUUCCGCUACGUGCGGCCGCCAGGUCCUGGAGCAGCAGGACUUCUUGUUGCUGUGCGACGCCAUUGUCAACGACUGCGCCAACUUUGACAACUUCAGCAUCGUCAACUGCCUCUACGCCGCCGCAGCGCUCGGACUUCCCGGUGACUGUCCGGUGGUGGCAGCCCUGGAGGCAGAGUGUCACAGCCGCCUGGCUCAGUUCAACCAGAAGGACGUGUCCAUGGUAUUCAGUUCCAGCAUCAAACUGCACCCGGGCAGCCAGCACCUCCUCACCGAGGCCUGCCUGCUGGGCCUGGAGAAGAAUCUGGAGCGAGAGCGCCACCCGCAGACGCUCUUCCUGCUGCUGUCCUACUACCGCCUCAAAAGGCGCUCUUUGUCACCGCAGGAUGCUGCCAAGACCGAUGACAAUGACAAGGCGGCGCCUGACCCCCAACAGGUUCUCGCUAACAGAAAGAUCCUGCGUCUGGUCAAACACACGCUGGCUAGCGUCAGCGGUGUCCGUGAUCAGGAGAUGGCGCUGUUGGACGAGAUGCUGGCAGCUUGUGCCAGGGAAGCCAACAACAAGAGCCUGGAAUUCAUCUUCAGCUCGCACCUCUUCUAUCAGAACAGACAGGAAAGGUUCAUCAGAAGCCUGGCAGAAGAGCUGCCAAAGAAGGAGGACAGCUUGAGCGCGACCACGAUGUCUCUGAUCUCGAAGUACGUGGCGCGCCAUCGUCUCAGGGAGACACCGUUACUGGACGCCAUUGCCAACUUCUUAGUCAGGAAGGCGGAGCAUCUGGACAGCAAGGUGAUCCAGAAGCUGGUGUUUCCCUUCAGCAGGAUGAGUUACCGUCCAUCCAACGAUGAGGAAUUCUUCCAAGUCCUAGAAGAGGUUCUGGAGUCUAAAGCUCUGAACUCGCCUCUGGCCACUGUCAACAUCCUGAUGUCGCUCUUCCAGCUGGGUCGCUUUCCGGGUGCCGUCCUGCACCGGGUGUUCUCUCCCGACUUCAUCAGCAACGUCACCAACAGCCCCUACGCGCUCAUCGUGCGCCGCUACCUUUCCUUGCUGGACGCCGCCCUUCAGCUGGAGCACCCCCACUACCAGGGCCCCCGCCUGCACCCCGACCUAAAGGUGCUCAUGUUCCAUCAUGCGCUCACCGCCGACGAGGUCAACCGCAAGUACAGUUAUAAAGGUGUCGUGGCCGAGGCCCUGAGGCAGCUGCUUGGAGAAGAGAACUACAGGCAGGACCAAGUGCUUCCUCCUGGGUACUACACAGACUUCGUGUUGUGGACGGAUUCGUCGGGUCGGGUUCUUCCCAUCCGGUCGAGCGGAGCUUCGGCGCCGGGCUCGGCCCCCGCGGGUGCUUCGCAGGAAGUCGACGACAUCCACAAGUUGUCGAAUUCUUUCGCUGCGCUGGACGCAGGCGGUCAGGAGGCCGCUGAGACGAUAGGGGGCGCUACGGAGCCCAAGUCUGGCUUUCAUCCUCAGCACGCGUACAGCCUGGCGGGGGGCGCUUGUCUCGCUGAUGGCGGCGUUCCCCAGUACUAUGUGCCCGUCAUGGAGUACUACUCUGGCGUGGCCAAGGAGCGCUCAGCGGAGAGUCAGAACAGCUCUACGCUCAGCAGCCCCCCCCCUGACGGGGCGCUCCCGCCCGGGGACCCGGAACCUGCGGGUGCCGCCGCCGCCGCCCCCGACCCCCUCUUCCAGUUUUCCAUCGGGAAGAUCCUGGAAGAAGAGACCAGUGCCGGCUCCCCCGCAAAUCAGGGGACGGGGCGCCAACUGUCGGGUUUCUACGAGGAGGGGGUGCAGAGCGACAGGUCUGUGUCUGUGACCAAAGGGGGGGCGCCAUCGCCGCAGCACCUCGGCACGACGGAACCGACCCGGCCCCCGGCGGAAGAGACUCAAAUAAGGAGGCUGGUGAUCUCCGUCAACGACAAGUGGCACUACUGCCACAACUCGAGCGUGCUGGUGGGCUCUCGCGCUAUGAGGGACCGCCACCUGAAGCUGCUGGGAUACGCCAUCCUGCAGCUACCCUACCACGAGCUGGAGAAGCUGAACGGCGUCGAGGAGGUGAAGCCGUAUCUCCAGGCCAAACUCCACGACACGCAUCCACAAAUGUUUUAGCUUUGCUGCUUUUCUUUUUGCAGGCGGUCAAAAAGGUUUUUAGAAAACGUGACAAAAUGUUCACAGAAUGCAUCGUGGUGGUGCGCUCACUGACAUCUGCACAUUGUCUUUUGACAGGCUGGCGGGACUUGACGCUAAACGGUAUCUGUGGUAACCACGAAUGUUUUGGAAAAAAAUGGUGGUCAGAUUAUUUAUCUGGUGAUGGAUUGUUUAUAUUCAAUAAAUCUGGUCUUGUCAAUCUUG